AUGCCUCCUGACAUGGCCCGUCUCUCCGCCUUCGCCGGCUGGACGUCCGCCGCCCUCUGGACCGUCUCCUUCUACCCGUUCAUGGUCAACAACUACCGCCGGCGGUCCACCGACGGCCUGUCCAUCGACUUCUGCCUCCUCGACGUGCUCGGCGCCGUCUCGUACGCCGUCUACAACCUCGCCUUCGCCCUCGCGCCCGUCGUCCGCCGGCAGUACGCCGCCCGCAACCCGGCCAGCCCGACGCCGCCCGUCCGCGCCAACGACGUCGCCUACGCGCUGCACGGGCUCGCCCUCUCCGCCGUCGUCUACUCGCAGUUCUACCCCCGCCUCUGGCACUUCGACCGGACGCGGCCGCCGGCGCGCGUCAGCGUCUGGUGCGCCAUGACGUGCUGGUACUGCAUCUGCGCCGCGCUCCUCGGAGCUUUUGUCGCCGCAACCCUUCCCGAGUUGAAGCGCUGGAUGUGGCUGGACGUGGUCUACCUCGUCAGCAACAUCAAGACGUUCCUCGUGUUGCUCAGAUACGUGCCGCAGACCUGGCUCAACUACCGGCGCAAGUCCACGCGGGGGCUUCCCCUGCUGCCCUUUGUGCUGGACAUGACCGGCGGCGUGCUCUCCCUGCUGCAGCUUCUCAUCGAUUCGGCAUACCACGAUCAGUCGCCGGCUCUGGCGAACCCUGUGAAGCUUGCCAUCGCCAUCGUGGUCAUUGUAUUUGCCCUGGCGUUUUUCUUCCAGCGCUUCGUCCUUUACAAAGACGCGGUUGACGAGAUGACAGAUCCAAAAUGUAUCGCGGAGCGACGAUGGCUGCUCGACUCGGGGGCAUGA